AUGAGUCCCUCAUCAUCGCAAUCUUCACCCUCGGUACGAUACUCGCCAAACACGCCGAUUUCCAGCCCACUCACAGGAGGUUCGGACUCAGUGGAGGACCAGUGGGCUGAAAAGUAUGCACCAAGGAGCAUUCAGGAGGUCGUAAUUCACAAGAACAAGAUCAACGACGUCCGCGAAUGGCUUAGGAUAUACACAAAUCCGCACGAUGCUCGGCGGGAUCCCUCGGGAGGCGCUAUACUCGUGUUGACCGGACCUGCAGGAUCAGGAAAGACAGCAGUGUUGCGUAAUCUCGCCCAGGAGAUGGACCUCCACAUUGUCGAGUGGAUCAACUCUAUCAACGCAAACAACAUCAUCCAGCGACCGGUAAUGCCGGGACAGGAAAAGGAGGCUUGGCGACCAGCCAGUAUUGAUGAAGAAUACGCCCCUGUCAUGCGAUCGUUUCAGGAGUUCUUUUCGAGGGCACACCGUUUCAGUCCAUUGCAGCUAUCCAAUGGCAAACCUCGGCAAACGCAAACUCAGAACACCUCUGGGGGUCUCAACUCUAGCUCACCAGCACCAUCGUCAUCAGCGACAGGAAGGAUGGAGGCACCUCGAACCGGAUCGGGAACAAAAAAUAUCAUUCUCAUCGAGGACCUUCCACCAGUGUCUGCCUCGUCCUCACGAAAGAUCUUUCAGGAUACCAUCCACAAUUUUGCUAACUCGAGGGCCAGCUCCUCGUCUGUUUUGGUCAUUAUUGUGAGCGACGUCUUUUCCAAGCUGAGCACCGAGCUCCAGUUUUCAAGCACUAGAGAAUCCAGCGAUCCAGCACUGACCAUGCGGACAUUACUUCCUCCUUCAGUUUUGGGCAAACUCGAUUCCGGAGGGAAGAACGAUAAUGCCAGGAUCCGGCAAAUCAAGUUCAAUCCAAUUGCACCGACGUUUGUGAAAAAGGCUUUGAAGAGCUUGAUAGGACAAGAAUUCAGGGGCAGGUCAGCCUUCGCACCCGACUCGGCUGAGAUCGAUCAAUUGAUCGAAAUACACGACGGCGACAUUCGAGCGGUCAUCAAUGCCCUCCAGUUUAUGUGCUAUUUGCCCAGCAAGCGUCGUCAACAAUUCCGGAAGGCAGCUAGACAAGUGGAGGAAGACAGGGAAGGUCUGAGCACCCUUGAAGAGAGGUCUUUGCAAGGACAGGAUUCGUCACUUGGGAUCUUUCACGCUGUCGCCAAGGUCAUGUUCAACAAGCGUGACUGGGGCGGAUCACUGGAGGAGUUUGACUGCGACAUUGUAAAAGUGCCUUCCAACGCUUGGCACAAAAGGCGUCCUCCAUUGUCAUUCAACCCCGAGAAGGACUUGAUUGAGAAACUACCAGUGGAACCGGAUUUGUAUACACUCAUGCUGCACCAGAACUACACAAAGCAUAUGAAUACAAUUGAUGAGUGCGCAACUGCCAUGGAGUACCUCUGUGUUGCAGACCGGCUACAAUCCCACCCGUCUUUUGGAAACGCUGGAUACACACAAACGGUGCAAAUGCAGCCGUACAUGACAUCCGUCGCUGUCCGAGGUAUGUUGCUUGCUCCCACUUCAGCAGGACCAGCAUCGGCCAAUGCGUUUGGCGGACCCAAAAAGCACUUUUGGCCGGAACUCUUUGCUGUCAAUAGGACCGCUCGGGCCAACGACGAGAUGUUUUCAGAAGUUGCAUAUGAUCUUGCGGGUAGAGAAGCCUUUGGACUCGCAACUGGAUCUGUCACAGGGCCAGGGUUCAUACCAAAGGCUGUAAUUCGUCAAGAGUUGGUGCCGAUGUUGCACAAGUGUUUGCUCAUGGAUCCGUAUAGACUGGUCUUUCAACAACUGCUGCGAGGCGGCUCCAAGGCCUUUGUUCGUCAUGGUGCGGGCGCCUAUGGAACAAAAGCCGGGAUUGUCAAAAAGGAGUUUGGUGAAGGCGAUGAGGGUUUCGUUGAAGAAUUAGACGCUGGCGCUGAAGGUACAACGUCUUCGAGUGGAGUCACUUACGAGACUGGAGGCAGCCAAGGCUCUGGAGCGAGACCUGGAUCCGAGUUUGGUGCAGGAUUUGACAAGGCCAAGCUGACUGGACAGCAACAGCGGGUCGACCCAUCGGUGGUCGACGACGAUCCUAUUGAGGAUUUUUCAGAUUGA